AUGAUAUUUCUUUUAAUAGUUUUGAAUCUUAUUGCUUAUACUUUGCAAGACAAAAAUGUUUCAUUGAGAUCAAACGCAAUUGUCCAAGUGACUAGCUCUAAACAGUAAACUAAAAGUAGAAAACUUGCUUCUCUUUGCAAUUAAAAUUGUACUUGUGGUCCUGGAUUUGCAUAUCCAUAAUGUGGUUAUUGCCAAAAUGGCUUAAUUUAUUAUCCUACUAACAAUACCUGUUAAAAUUCUAAUAUCUGUAGAAGUACUCCUGGUAUGUUAAUAGACAAUAAUAACGGUGGUACCUAAACAUGUACAUAAUGUAUUACAGGAUAUUAGUUAAUAGGAAGUCUAUGUUAUCAGAAUUGUCCAUCAGGAACUUAUAGGUACCCUGACUUAAGUUGCAAAUCAUGUAAUACUUCAAAUAAAUAAUAUAUAGAUGGUUAAAAUUAUUGUUAGUAAUGUGACUCUUCUUGCUAGACUUGUAAUGGAUCUAGUUAAAAUAAUUGCUAAAGCUGUCCUUUUGGCACUAGUUUGUAUCCAGAUGGUUCAUGUAAAAUAUGUAAUUUAGAUAAUAAAUAAUACCUUGAUUCAUCUUAAAUCUGCUAAAACUGUAAUUCGUCUUGUUAAACUUGUGAUGGAUCUAGCCAAAACCAAUGCUUAUCAUGCCCUUCUGGUACUAAUUUGUAUCCAGAUAGAAGUUGUAAAUUUUGCGAUUUAACAAAUAAGUAGUUUUUGGAUACUCAUCAUAUCUGUUAAUCUUGUGAUAGCUCUUGUUAGUAAUGUAGUGGUCCCAGCUCUAUUUAAUGUAUAAGUUGUCCUUCAGGAACUAAUUUAUUUCCAGAUAAUAGUUGCAGAUUUUGCGAUAAAGCAAAUAAAAAAUAUUUAGAUAGUUCAAAUGUUUGUAGGGAUUGUGAUUAAACUUGUUAAACAUGCAGUGGACCUACUACUACUUAAUGCUUAACCUGCACUUCAGGGACUAAUUUUUAUCCAGACAAAACUUGUAGAUUUUGUGAUAUAGCAAAUAAAUAAUACUUAGAUAGCUCAAAUAUAUGUUAAUAAUGUGAUGUUACUUGUUAAACAUGCAAUGGAUCUGCUCCGACUUCAUGUUUAACAUGUCCAAAUGGAACAUCACUUUAUCCAGAUCGCUCUUGUAAAGUAUGUAAUACAAGCAAUAAAUAAUAUAUUGACUCAUAAUAAUCUUGUUAGUACUGUGAUAGCAGUUGUUAAACUUGUGAUGGAUCAUCUCCUGAUAAUUGUUUAUCUUGCCCUUCAGGAUAUUUUAAAUAAGGAAACAAAUGCAUAUAAUGUAAUGCUGCUUGUAAAGAAUGCAUUGGUACAAGUGAUUAAGAUUGUAUAGAAUGCAAUUAAUUAUAUUUUUAAUUUGAUAAAAACACUAAGAUUUGUUAGAAAUGUCCAAACGAUUAAUAUCUCAAAUAUUCUAACUAAUCCUGUUCUAAUUGUGAUUAUCAGUGUAUUCCUUGCAAUUCUAUACCUUUAACUUUUAGCAUGUUUUAAAUAGAUUCAAAUUUAUCUUCAAGCUAAGAUUAUUGCUUAGUUUGUAGUUGUAAAUAAUGCUUAAGUGGGUAUGUAAAAUUUAAUGACCAGUAGUGUAUAGCUAGUUGUGAUGAAAUAGGCAGCAAUUAUCAAUACGAUUCUUCCACAAAUAGUUGCUAAUGUUAGCCUGGAUAUAAUUAUUAAGUUAAAAACCCUAUCAAAAAUAAUUUUGACUGUGCUCAAGGGUAUGGUUAAGGAUAUUAUUGCAACGAUUCAAAUAAAUGCUUUUAGUGUAGUUAGAAUUGUAGCCAAUGUUCUGACAUCUAAACUUGUUAGAAAUGUGGCAAAGGGUUUUAUCUAUGGAAAAAUAAUUGCUAUUCAAGCUGUUUUCCAGAUUUAAAUAUUGUACCUAAUGAAAAUUCUGGAGAAUGCGAGUGCACUUAAGGGUAUUUUUUGCAAAAACUUUCAACUCCAAUCUAAAAUUAAUUUGAUUCUUGUUAACUUGUUUUAGCUUUGUAAGAAAUACAAAUUCACAAUAAAUUAAUGGAGAGCUAAGAUUAAACUCUUUCAUCAAACUUUUAUGAUAACUUGAUUGUGUUUUAAUAUAAUCGUGAGCUAACCAAGGAAGAGUAUCAAUCAUUUUAAUUUUAGAUAGAUGAUGAAAUUUUAAAUUAAGGCUCAGAUUUUUAAAUUAUAAGCACUAGUUAAUAAAUGUAAAAUAUUUUGUGCACUGUUAGAUCUGCACAAAAUAGAAAAAUAAAAUAAUUGAGAAUAUAAUUAUUAAAUUCUAUUUAAAACUACUAAAUUUAAAACACAAUUCUUGUUUCUAAUGAAUAUUCAAAGUAAUCUUCUGAUGCUUUAUCAUCUAAAUAAAUAUCAUAAUCCUUUGAAUCUAUGAGUUAAACUUUCUCAGGAGACUAAAACAGCGCUACAGGAAAAACUAUUUCUUUUCUCAAACAAUUCUAAGUUCUAUGCUAUAUUUCAAAUUUUGUUUAGAUUUUACCUUUGAUAUAUCUAAUUAGAGAUAAAUUACCUGAUAAAAUAAAAUUUUCCUCUUUAUUUGGAGUUUCAAUAAUAUUUAAUAAGACACCUCCACCUUCAUAAAUAACAAUAUCUUCUUUAGAAAUAUCUACAAAUGAUUACACUGAAUAACUAAAAAAUACACUAUAAUAAUUUGGGAUAUCAUCUAAUUUCUAUGAAAAUUUCUUACAAGCACAUUUACUGAUAACAAUUUCAAUAAGGGAGAGUUUUUGUUUUAAAAAAUACCAAAUAUUUAUGGAGAUAUUGAAUUUACUAUGA